AUGUUAGUUCCUUACCAGUCAACCGCUCAGAGCAGCAGUGGAAACAAGAAAUCACUCAUAAUCAGGAUUGAGGACUUCAAAGAUUUUAAAAAGCUGCUGAGAACAAAAACAAACUUGCUGAUAAUAUGUGCUCAUUCAGAAAAAGCCACAGCAAAGGUGAUGAAGCUGUUUGAAGAUGUGGCUGAGGAAAUGAAGGGGAAGGCCACACUAGGAUAUAUAAACUGUGGAGAUGACAAGAAAUUUUGUAAGAAGUUAAAAUUUUCCCCAACAGAGUUUGAACUGAAACACUAUAAAGAUGGGGAGUUUAACAAAGACUAUGAUAGAAAGUUAACAUUUAAGUCUAUGGUGAACUUUUUAUUGGACCCAACUGGAGAACUUCCAUGGGAAGAAGACCCUACAGCCACAGAUAUUGUACAUGUGUCUUCGGAAGAUAAUUUUCAAAAAUUGUUAAAAAAGGAGAAGAACCCUAUAUUGGUUAUGUUUUAUGCACCAUGGUGCGGCUAUUGUAAACAGUUAAAGCCACAUUUUGCUGAAGCAGCCACAGAGUUAAAAGAUCAAGUGGCCUUCGCAGGAGUGGAUGUCGAUAAACCUCCAAUGGUGUCUUUACGGUUACAGUACAACAUCACAGGAUUUCCCACUCUUUAUUAUUUUGAAAAAGGCAGGGUUAAAUACAAAUAUGGAGGAGAGAACAGUAAAGCAGGAAUUGUAUCCUGGUUACAGAAUCCUCAGCCUCCUAAAGACAAAGAGAAAGAGCCAGAAUGGGCUGAUGAGGAAAGUGAGGUGAUUCAUCUGACAGACGACACAUUUGAUGCCUUCAUUAAACAGAAUCCGUCCGUCCUGGUGAUGUUUUAUGCUCCGUGGUGUGGUCACUGCAAGAAGAUGAAACCUGGUUAUACUGAAGCUGCUCAGAUUCUCAAGGAACAAAAUGUGGAAGGAGUCCUGGCAGCGGUUGAUGCAACCAAGGAGAAACGGAUAGCCCAGGAGCAUGCAGUUAAAGGCUUUCCCACAUUGAAGUACUUCAAGAAUGGGGAGUUUGCAUUUGAGGUCAAUGAGCGAGAAAUGGAGAAAAUUCUGGAGUUCAUGAAAGACCCAAAAGAGCCACCGCCACCUCCAGCCCCCGAGCCCAAAUGGGAGGAAGUGGAGAGUGAAGUUGUCCAUCUGACGGACGACUCGUUCAAGCCCUUCCUGAAAAAGAAGAAGCAUUGUCUGAUUAUGUUCUACGCACCAUGGUGUGGUCACUGCAAGAAGGCCAAACCAGAGUUUAUGGCUGCAGCUGAAAAGUUCAAAUCCGAUCCAAAGGUAGCCUUUGCGGCAGUAGACUGCACAAUUCAGACAGGAACCUGCAAGUCUAACGAUGUCACAGGAUACCCAACAUUUAAAUAUUUUAAUUAUGGAAAAAAUGCACAGAAAUACAUGGGAGGGAGAGAGUGUUUGCGUUACCUAAAUAGUGACCACUUGUCAAACCAGACGGUACCCGAGAGCGUCCAAGUUUUGGUCAUGUUCUAUGCACCCU